UUCCUAAAGAUGCAGAUCUUUGUGCGUUGCUCAUUGACCCACACCGUUGAGGUGUCCGGGAACGAGACUGUUCAAGAUGUCAAGACUGUCAUCAACGAGAGGGAGGGUUUCUCUGCCAGUGACCUUAUAGUGCUGUCUGCUGGUCGUCCUCUGGAAGAUACUGAGCUUCUCUCUGGCUUGAAUGAUCUGUCCACUCUUGAUGUGGAGGUCCGCAUGCUUGGAGGUAAAGUUCACGGUUCCCUGGCUCGUGCUGGCAAAGUCCGUGGACAGACCCCCAAGGUUGAGAAGCAGGAAAAGAAGAAGUCCAAGACAGGCCGUGCCAAGAGGAGGAUGCAGUACAACCGACGCUUCGUCAAUGUUGUCGCCACCUUCGGCAGGAGGAAGGGACCCAACGCUCGCUCUUAGAUCAUUUCCUAUGUAUAAUAAGUCUCUGUUCCUACAAAGAGGAAAAUAAAUGUGACAAGGGCA